AUGGCGUCGGAGUCAUUCGUGAACACCAACGCUGGCUUUGCGCUCGUCCGCCAAAACCCGUAUCUCCUCGGGGUUGCCUCGUUCUCGACCCUGGGUGGCUUACUCUUCGGGUACGAUCAGGGGGUCGUGUCGGGCGUGAUCACUAUGGAAUCAUUCGCUGCGCGAUUCCCCCGGGUUUACUCGGAUACUGGAUUCAAGGGGUGGUUUGUGUCGACUCUACUGCUGGCUGCGUGGUUUGGGUCGUUGAUCAAUGGCCCGAUUGCGGACCGGUUGGGGCGGAAGUUGUCGAUUAAUGUGGCCGUGGUGGUUUUCGUCGUAGGGUCGGCGAUUCAGUGCGCUGCUGCGAAUAUCCCUAUGCUCUUUGUCGGUCGGGCCAUAGCGGGAUUAGCUGUUGGUCAAUUGACCAUGGUCGUACCACUGUACAUAUCCGAGGUGUCUAUCCCCGAUAUUCGAGGUGGAUUAGUGGUAUUGCAACAGUUGUCCAUAACGAUCGGCAUCCUCGUAAGUUACUGGAUUGACUACGGCACAAACUACAUCGGAGGCACGCGCUGCGCUCCAGACAUUCCCUACAGCGGCGGCCAGGACAAAGCUUCCCGCACAUUCGACCCCUACCACGAUGUCCCUCCCGGAGGCUGCGACGGCCAAUCCGAAGCCUCGUGGAGACUCCCUCUGGCCAUCCAGAUCCUCCCCGCCAUCGUCCUCGGCCUAGGCAUGAUCUUCUUCCCCGACUCGCCCCGCUGGUUACUGAUGAAUGAGCGGGACGAGGAUGCUCUCGACGCGCUCUCCAAACUCCGAAGACGAGUCAAGGACAGCCCGGACCUUGUCAACGAGUACCUUGAAAUUAAGGCUUCGAUCAUGUUGGAGAAUACGUUUGCGAGGGAACGUUUUCCGGGCUUGUCGGGAGCGAAGCUGGAUGCUGCUCAGUAUAUGUCCUUUCUGACUACAUGGGCCCGCUUCAAGCGGUUGGCUAUUGGAUGUUGUGUCAUGUUCUUCCAGCAAUUUAUGGGUUGUAAUGCAAUGAUAUACUACGCGCCCACAAUCUUCGCACAACUAGGUCUCGACGGUAACACUACCUCCCUCCUCGCCACCGGCGUCUACGGCAUCGUCAACUGCCUCAGCACGCUCCCCGCCCUCUUCCUAAUCGACAAGAUCGGCCGCCGCGUCCUCCUCAUGUCCGGCGCUCUCGGCACCUGCGUCUCGCUCGUGAUCGUGGGCGCUAUCAUUGGCGCGUACGGCGCUGACCUCGUGCAUCAUAAAUCGGCCGGUUGGGCAGGCAUCGCGUUUAUUUAUAUUUAUGAUGUGAAUUUUUCGUAUUCGUUUGCACCCAUCGGAUGGGUCCUUCCUUCGGAGAUAUUCAAUCUUUCCAUUCGGUCCAAGGCGAUCUCAAUAACUACGUCGGCGACGUGGAUGUGCAAUUUCAUCAUCGGCCUGAUUACCCCGGACAUGCUCGACUCGAUCACCUGGGGCACGUAUAUUUUCUUUGCGGCAUUUUGUCUCAUCGCGUUGGGGUUCACGUUCUUCUUUAUUCCGGAGACGAGAGGAAAGACCCUCGAAGACAUGGACCUUAUUUUCGGAGAUACCGCAGCCCAUGAGGAGAAGUUGCGCAUUGUGCAAAUCGAGGCUGAGCUCCGCGGGACUCAAGCACAGACUGAUGAUAUAGAUACCCUAGCGAAACCGUUCGCACGGGAGGAAGAACACGUUCUUUGA